GCGCGGAUCGAGGAGCUGGAGGAGGAGCUGGAGGCAGAGAGGACGGGCAGGGCCAAGGUGGAGAAGCUGCGCUCGGAGCUGUCGCGGGAGCUGGAGGAGCUGAGCGAGAGGCUGGAGGAGGCGGGCGGUGCCACCUCGGUGCAGCUCGAGCUCACCAAGAAGCGGGAGGUGGAGUUCCAGAAGAUGCGGCGGGACCUGGAGGAGGCCACGCUGCAGCACGAGGCCACGGCCGCUGCCCUGCGCAAGAAGCAUGCCGACAGCGUGGCCGAGCUCAGUGAGCAGAUGGACAACCUGCAGCGCGUUAAACAGAAGCUGGAGAAGGAGAAGAGUGAGCUCAAGCUGGAGCUGGACGACCUCGGCUCCAACACGGAGCAGCUGAUCAAGGCCAAGGCCAACCUGGAGAAGAUGUGCCGCACCAUGGAAGACCAGAUGAACGAGAACCGGACCAAGUCCGAAGAGGCUCACCGCAUGGUCAAUGACCUCACCACCCAACGAGCCAAGCUCCAGACGGAGAAUGGGGAGCUCUCCAGACAGCUGGAGGAGAAGGAAGCCUUCAUCAACCAGCUGAUGCGAGGGAAGCUCACCUACACCCAGCAGCUGGAGGACCUCAAGAGGCAACUGGAGGAAGAGGCCAAGGCCAAGAACGCGCUGGCCCAUGCCCUUCAGUCGGCCCGGCACGACUGUGACCUGCUGCGGGAGCAGUAUGAGGAGGAGAUGGAGGCCAAGGCCGAGCUUCAGCGGUCGCUCUCCAAGGCCAACUCUGAGGUGGCGCAGUGGAGGACCAAGUACGAGACGGACGCCAUCCAGCGCACCGAGGAGCUGGAGGAGGCCAAGAAGAAGCUGGCCCAGCGGCUGCAGGAGGCCGAGGAGGCGGUGGAGGCAGUCAACGCCAAGUGCUCCUCCCUGGAGAAGACCAAGCACCGGCUGCAGAACGAGAUCGAGGACCUGAUGGCAGACCUGGAGCGGUCAAACGCGGCGGCUGCCGCCUUGGACAAGAAGCAGAGGAACUUUGACAAGAUCUUGUCCGAGUGGAAGCAGAAGUUCGAGGAGUCACAGACGGAGCUGGAGGUCUCACAGAAGGAGGCCAGGUCCCUCAGCACGGAGCUCUUCAAGCUGAAGAACGCCUAUGAGGAGUCACUUGAGCACCUGGAGACCUUCAAGAGGGAGAAUAAGAACCUCCAAGAGGAGAUCUCGGACCUCACGGAGCAACUGGGCGCCAGCCACAAGACCAUCCAUGAGCUGGAGAAGGUCCGCAAGCAGCUGGACGCCGAGAAGCUGGAGCUUCAAGCUGCGCUGGAGGAGGCUGAGGCCUCUCUGGAGCACGAGGAGGGGAAGAUCUUGAGGGCCCAGCUGGAGUUCAACCAGGUGAAGGCAGACUACGAGCGCAAGCUGGCCGAGAAGGACGAGGAGAUGGAGCAGGCCAAGCGCAACCACCUGCGGGUGGUGGACUCGCUCCAAACCUCGCUGGAUGCCGAGACCCGGAGCCGUAACGAGGCCCUGAGGCUGAAGAAGAAAAUGGAGGGCGACCUCAACGAGAUGGAGAUCCAGCUCAGCCACGCCAAUCGGCUGGCUGCUGAGGCCCAGAAGCAAGUCAAGACGUUGCAGGGCUACCUCAAGGACACCCAACUGCAGUUGGAUGAGGUGGUGCGGGCCAACGAGGACCUGAAGGAGAACAUGGCCAUCGUGGAACGGAGGAACAACCUCCUGCAAUCGGAGCUGGAGGAGCUGCGGGCAGUGGUGGAGCAGACGGAGAGGGCCCGCAAGUUGGCCGAGCAGGAACUGAUCGAGGCCAGCGAGAGGGUCCAGCUCCUCCACUCCCAGAAUACCAGCCUCAUCAACCAGAAGAAGAAGAUGGAGGCUGACAUCUCCCAGCUGCAGACGGAGGUGGAAGAGGCUGUCCAGGAGUGCAGGAACGCCGAGGAGAAGGCCAAGAAGGCCAUCACCGAUGCGGCCAUGAUGGCGGAGGAGCUGAAGAAGGAGCAGGACACCAGUGCCCACCUGGAACGGAUGAAGAAGAACAUGGAGCAGACCAUCAAGGACCUGCAGCUGCGGUUGGACGAGGCCGAGCAGUUGGCCCUCAAGGGGGGCAAGAAGCAGCUGCAGAAGCUGGAGGCUCGUGUCAGGGAGCUGGAGAACGAGCUGGAGGCUGAGCAGAAGCGCAACGCUGAGAGCAUCAAGGGCCUCCGCAAGUCCGAGCGGCGCGUCAAGGAGCUUAGCUACCAGACGGAGGAGGACAAGAAGAACCUGCUGCGGCUGCAGGACCUGGUGGACAAACUGCAGAUGAAAGUCAAGGCCUACAAGCGGCAGGCGGAGGAGGCGGAGGACCAGGCCAACACCAACCUGGCCAAGUUGCGGAAGGCGCAACAUGAGCUGGACGAGGCGGAGGAGCGUGCCGACAUCGCUGA